UAUUUAACGCGCGUCUUCCCAGAGCCAGAAGACCUACUGAAUGCCCACACAAGCUGCCAGAAAGCCAACCCCAUUAUACACACACCAUGCCACUGGAAGUCCGGCCCCUUGAGCUCGCAGACUUCGCCACCCUCAUCGGCCAUGCAGACGCUGGCGAGCCGGGCGACGACCUCGUGGCGCCGCCAUGUCCCGUGUCCUGGCCAGUGAAGACGCGUGAGGAGGCCCAGCUCCGAGCACGGUGCCAUUUCACAUGGCAGCGCCAGCGGUUCCUGGAGGACCCGUCGGUGCGGUACGUCAAGGUCGUAGACACCACCGGCACCAGCACCACCAGCACCGACCCCGGCGCUGGGAAUGACGACGCAACAGCCAGAGAGGAGGAGGAGAGCGACGAGAUCGUGGCCGUCGCACGCUGGCACUUCUACCCGAACGGGUACGACUACGAGCGCGAGAAGCACUGGGAAAUGGCCCCCUCGAAGCUGAGCGACUCGGAUGCUGCCGCCGCCGCCUGCGACUACUACCCCCCGCCAAACUUCAACGUGGCCCUGCACAACCACAUCCUCGGCUUCCGCGAUGUGUUCCGCCCGCAGUGGAUUCCGUCCGACAAGCCCGCCUGGGUGCUCAUGCACUGCGUGACGAGGCCGCGACACCGCCGGCGCGGGGCCGCGGGGAUGCUGGUGCGCUGGGGCCAGGAGCAGGCGCGGGAGAUGCCGGGCGGCGAGGGCGGCGGCGGCGUGGCCGCGUAUCUCGAGGCCGGCGUGCAGGGAGCCCCCGUGUACGAGAGGUCUGGGUUCGCAGGCGUCGGGGAGGCGAGGAUUGUCGAUCUGAGUGGGUUUGAAGGGGCUCCCGUGAAGGAGUUUAGGAUGAGAAAUAUGCAGUGGUUGCCCUGAGCCUAAACGGAGCGGGAACUAGGGUGUAAUUCAAGGUCCUGAUUCUAUCUGUCACCUGCAGGGACCUGGCUGGGCUUCCCU